ACUACGUCAUAUAGGCGUUUUACGCGUUCAAUAUUGAAUUAAUAAACGGCAAUUUGCAUAAUGUGGUUAUAUAACUUAUUCUUUUCCUUUUUGGGGAUAUUCAAUAUCAUAUGUGCCUGGGCACACAUUGAUGAAAACAACAUCAACGGCAGCCCUGUUGAAAAAUCAUCCCCAAUCGCACCAAAUGGAGCUCCUUUAGAAAUUGCUAAAGACACGAAUGAAAUAGAUAACAAAGCAAAACCAGUAUUGGAUCCGGAAGGAAGCUUUAAAGAGACUCUGAAGGCUAAUGUUGCAAAACCUACACCAGUUGAACGUUUGGAUGCAUUAUCGAAAGAUAUUGAAAAGGAGAUUUCAUCGAACCCAUAUUUUAAGAUACCAAAAUAUGAUCGCAAAUUAAGAGAAUUGGCUAUAUUACACCCAACUGUUAUGGAGUCUUUGGGUGUGUACGUGAUUCCCAUUAAGAAGCCUACAAGGGAGCCUGAAACAACCAAACAUGAUGACGACAUUCCAUCUGCGGAUGCUAUAAAAAAGGAAGAAGACGAUAAGUCAGACAAGGACAAAUCAGCAACUGCAAUUCGCUCCAACUUAUCCUACAUUAUAAAACAAUCGGAGAUGAUAAAGGCUAUGACUCCAGAGGAGAAGCUCCAGUUUAUUCCUCGUCUGAAGGAUACAAUAGUUUAUGAGAUUAUGAAGAAUGUGCGUACAAUUGAGGAGUUAAGUGCACAAAUAGCUUCUAAUCUGGGCAACGAAUCGACUCGGAAGCAUUAAUCUGGUGGUCACUGCAAAUAUGCCACGGCAUAUAUGAACU